CCGCGGGGUGGCGCGCGCUCCCGGCUAGUGGGGCGGCGCGCGGGCACGGGGCUCGCUCCCGAGAGGGCAGGUGGGGGCUGGGAGCGGGCGCUAGGGUUGUGGUGGCCGGAGGCGCCUGGGCCGCGAGGUCGACGCCUGUGGCUGCGGCGGCCGAGGCCAAAGGACCCGCCGCGGCUCGGUCUCCGGAGAGGGAGGGCUCCGCUGCUGCCGCCGCCCGGCCGGUGCCCGGUAAAAUCAGUCCGGAGAAUCGAUGGAAUUUGCCCCAAGUGUUGCACCCAGCAAGCUGGCAGUAAGGACCCGGGUACUGGCGGAUGGGGAUGGCGGUUCUCACUCUCUGUGCGUGAAGGCCAGAAGCCAGGGAGCCCGGAGUGACUGUGGAUUUUCCGGACACCUCUACAGCCCCGUCCCCUCCCAGCUGAGGCAGCGCGAGCCCCGCUUCAGGCACAAGGACGGAGCCCCUGGACUGCCAGGUUCCCGACCAGGGAGGAGGAGGAGGAAGAGAACUCCAUCUGCUGGGGCCUGAGUGUGGCCUGGGGGACGGGCCAUCGUCCCAGAAUGCCCCUGCCGGAGCCCAGCGAGCAGGAGGGCGAGAGUGUGAAGGCUGGCCAGGAGCCGUCCCCGGAGUCCCCUGAGCCAGGCACAGAUGUUGUCCUUGCAGUGCCCACAAAGCCCAAAGAGUUCUCCAAACUGGUCCUGCUGACGGCCUCCAUGGAGAAUGUGGAUGGGGUGGACUCCCAGCCCAAAGGAGGGCACUGUGUCAUGUCCCUGGAGAUGUCUGGUCCUGACACACUGGCCAGGACCCCCCAGAUCCUGCCAGUGGAGGAGCAAGUGGGGGCAGUCCAGCCAACCCCCCAGGCCCCUGAGCAGACAUGCAGCAAGCCAGAUACAGCAGCCCCCAAGCCCCUGGAGUUCCUGAGGACCCCUUUCGGGGGCCGCCUCCUGGUGCUCGAGUGCUUCCUGUACAAGCAGGAGAAGGCGGUGGGCGACAAGGUCUAUUGGAAGUGCCGUGAGCACUGUGAGCUGGGCUGCCGGGGCCGGGCCAUCACCCGAGGCCCACGGGCCACAGUGAUGCGGGGCCACUGCCACCCGCCGGACGAGGAGGGCCUGGAGGCGCGGCGCCGGAGACAGAAACUGCCCGGCCCAGCCCUGCCUGAAGGCUUGGGGGUUCCAGAGGGCCCUCGGGGCCGAGUGGAAGAGCCACUGGAAGGGGUGGGCCCAUGGCUGUGCCCUGAGGAGCCAGAGCCCACCCCCGGGUUGGUGCUGAGCAAACCAGCCACAGAGGAGGAUGAGGGGCUGCGAGCCCUGUCACUGCUGAGCUUGCCCCCCAAGAAACGCCCAACACUGGGGAUCGGAGAACCCCGGCCGUUGGAGUUCCUGAGGACGUGCUAUGGGGGCAGCUUCCUGGUGCACCAGUCCUUCCUGUACAAGCGGGAGAAGGCCGUGGGGGACAAGGUUUACUGGACGUGCCGGGACCACGCACUGCACAGCUGCCGCAGCCGGGCCAUCACCCAGGGCCAGCGGGUGACUGUGAUGCGGGGCCACUGCCACCCGCCUGAUGUGGAGGGCCUGGAAGCCCGGCGGCAGCAGGAGAAAGCCGUGGAAACGCUGCAGGCCAGGCCUGGUGGGCCUGGGGGCCAAGUGGACAAGCUGCUCCAAGGUGUGGACAGCCUGCUCUACCGCAGGGGGCCGGGGACUCUGACUCUCACCAGAGCCCGGCCUAGGAAGCGCACAAAAGUCCUUCCGGCCCAGCCCCAGGCCCCGCAGGGAUCCCCCACUGAGGACCCAGACGAGGACCCCGGAGGCCCUGAGUUCCUGAGGACCCCUCUGGGGGGCAGCUUCCUGGUGUACGAGUCCUUCCUCUACAGGAGGGAGAAGGCGGCCGGGGAGAAGGUGUACUGGACGUGCCGGGACCAGGCCCGCAUGGGCUGCCGCAGCCGGGCCAUCACGCAGGGCCAGCGGGUGAUGGUGAUGCGCAGGCACUGCCACCCGCCCGACCUGGGGGGCCUGGAGGCCCUGAGGCAGCGGGAGCAGCUCCCCAGCCCGGCCCAGAGGGAAGGCUCAGGAACCCUCCGGCCUCUGGAGUUCCUGAGGACGUCCCUCGGGGGCAGGUUCCUGGUGUACGAGUCCUUCCUCUACAGGAAGGAGAAGGCAGCUGGGGAGAAGGUGUACUGGAUGUGCCGGGACCAGGCCCGGCUGGGCUGCCGCAGCCGGGCCAUCACACAGGGCCAGCUGGUGACGGUGAUGCGUAGCCACUGCCACCCGCCCGACCUGGCAGGCCUGGAGGCCCUGAGGCAGCGGGAGAGGCUCCCCAGCGUGGCCCAGCAGGAGGACCCAGAGAAGAUGAAACUUCCGCCGGAAGUGCAGGUGUGCAUCCAGCCUGGCUCUCCGGAAAGCCAGCAGAUGUGUGGUGCUGGUGGCCUUCACGUUUCCUCGAGGGUCUCCCAGGAGCCCUGCUUUGGUGGUGUCUCCGAGCAGGCAAACAAGAGUGCCAGGAGCUGGCGGCUUGCAGGUGUGCGUGACCUGGGGCAAAAGGUCCGGCCCACGAAAGAGCUGAAGAAGCGUCUUUCCACAAAGAGGCCUCUUCCCUGCGCUGCUGCUCCCAGCUGCAAGCACCCAUCCAUUUUCAGAGCGUGACUUUGCCAAGGACGGUCCAGUGUGGUGUGGGCGUACUCGGAGAAGGUGCCGCUGCUUCCCGCUGAGCUGCCCCCGCGGAGCGCCUUCCCCCCCCCACGGGUUUUCCGGGCCGGUGCCAAGUGGACCUUCGCGCUCCUGGGCCACCUGCUGCUGCGCUGCAGCCGGCCCUCGUGGCGGCAGAGCAAGCCAAAGCAGAGGCCUCACUACACCCCCUGUCGGAGUCUCUCCCCUUUGCAGGCUUCCGACUUAAACCAGGGCCGCGGUGGGCACAGCAGGUGUCGUUCCUGGCAGCGGGAGCCAGCCCAGAUGCCCACGGGGAAGCCGGGGCAGACACCAGCGGGCCGCCAUGUCUGGCUGAAGCACGAGAGGCAGGCCCGGUGGCGGCGGAGGCCCACCCCGUUCUCCCGGCUGGGAGCGCGGCAGCGGGCUGGCCUAGCAGGCCCGCGGAGAAGCAGGCUGACGUGGGCCAGGAGCUCCCGAGGCAGCUGCUUGCUAACGGGGCACUAACGGGGCCACACCUCGCGGCCAGCUUUCUUGCGCGCGCUGUGACCCGUGCUGUAGUCGCAGAGGGAGCCCCAAGCCCAGGGCCCCUCUCCUGCCAAGCUGGCCGCGGAGCCUGCUGUCUGGCUGUGGGAGAGCGACAGCUUGGGACCCCACUGUCCCUCUGCUGAUAGAUUUCCCACCAAUAAACCCCGUUUUAUAUCUCA